AUGAGUACGGAGAGGCCGCCGAAAUCGCAGAGCCAUUCUGAACCGCCUAAAUCGCGAAGAGAUAAGGUGACGAUUUGUACCUACAACGCACGCACACUUGCAUCUGAGUCCUCCAUAAAAUACCUGACUAUGCAAGAAAGAAGGAUAAGGUACGAGGUCACCGGCCUGGGCCAGACGAGACGACGCCACACAUUCAACGCCGUCUAUGACACCGGAGAAGAACUGUUCCACGGAAUAUGCGACAAUAGAGUAUUCGCCGGCGUCGGCGUUCUCGUCAACACAAGUUUGUCCAUGAACAUCGAUUCAUUCGAACAACUAACAACCCAAAACGGAUGUCUAGGAUUAAAAAGAUGUGGAUCAAUACCGGCUGGGACAAUCUUCGUCUUGUACGCAACAACAUCAAACUGUGAAGAAGUAGUUGAAGCGUUCUGUAUGUUCCUGGAGGAGUUCUACAGAGAAGACCAUACAUUCUUCAAGGUCAUCAUUGGAGAUUUUAACUCCAGGGUUGGACCUAGAAGAACGUCUGGAGGACGUCACACUGGGACCCACGGAUUGGAACGGAAUGGUCAGGGUAAGCGGCCGUCUGAGUUUAUAAUGAGGACCAAAACCAAAUAG